CUUUCAAGUGCCACAAAACAGCCACUGAAUUGGUGAUGACCUAAAUCACAAUGCAGGGACAAAACUCUUCAUUGUGGAAUGUGGAGAAAGUCCAACUUACUCCCCCAAGUUUCUCCCUCUAAAAGCACAAGUUUUGCCUGGCAAAUGGACGUGUUCAGCAACCCUGCAGACAGACACAAAGGAUGGUAUCUGUCUCUGAUGGCGCCCAACAUAAAAGGUCCAGCGUUUGCCUGGCUGGACCCGUCCAGACUCUACUGCAACUCACAGGCUCUUGCAGACUGCGUCCAAGACCUUCUCAGUCCAUUCCAUGAUGACACCAUUGACCUGGUUGCCGGGAUAGAUGCAAUGGGAUUCAUUCUUGGCGCAUCUGUUGCCACCACACUGGGAAAAGGUUUCCUGGCUGUCCGAAAAGCAGGACACCUGUGUGUCGCAACCCAAACCCAAGACUACAGCGACUACACAGGCAGAGAAAAGACUAUGGAAGUAAGACUGGAUGUGCUGCGACCAGGUACGAGGGUGCUGUUAGUGGACCAAUGGAUAGAGACUGGAGGCACCAUGAAGGCCGCCAUCCGGCUGGUGGAGAGUCUGGGCGCCACUGUUGUGGGCGUCGCAGCUGUGGCCAUCGAGAACACCGAAGGAGGAAAGUGGAUUAAAGAAAAUUAUAAAUUCUCUCACUGCAUCCCCGAAGAGAUGCAGAGCCAGAUCGACAACAAGUAUCUGGAAUCCUUCAAUGACUUCAACAACUAAAGAAGGAAAAGAAAGAGAAAACAUUUUUUGUGCACCUUCAGGAAAAAAAGAGAAAUAGUGUUAUUUUCUAAAGCUGAGAUAGUCAACAAAUAGUUUUAUCUGCAUAGACAUUUUGUAUUUUACAGUUUAAUUCAUGAAAAAAUCAUUUUCAAUAAAUAAAUGCGUGUUAUUUUCAGAAACACUAAUUUUUCUUUAUUAUUUUUAUUGUGUGUAAAACAUAUCAUGGUACAUUUUAGAAUGUAGAAAAUAAAGGAUAAAAUAUUCAUACACACUUUCCACUUAUACAUAAGAAUGACGAGACAGCUUCAGUCACAAAGUACCCAGGAAGCAAACACUGAAGAUAUGGUUCCCAAACUGGAGGUCGGGGCCCCACACGAGGGUCACAAGAUAAAUCCCAGGGGUCAUGAGAUGAUUACCAAGAUCAGAAAACAUUCACCACUUCCCUCAGAUCUCUCCUUUAUGAUUUACUGCAUAAAACGUCUUCUCAUAAAAAAAAAAGGUGCAAAACCUUGGACCUACGAUAUAAAAACAGCAGAUUUUUAUUGAGUAGUAUUGUGAAGAAGAAUCAGAACUACAGCAGCAAGACGGAAUAUUUGACUCAAGCCACUAAGUAAAGUAAACACACACACACACACACACACACACACACACACACACACACACACACACACACACACACACACACACACACACACACACACACACACACA